AUGGGCGAAGCAGGCGGCGCUGAGGAGGCCUCACGGGUGGGAUCUAAAGAAGAAUUUGUGAAAGUCAGAAAGAAGGACCUGGAACGCCUGACGACCGAAGUAAUGCAAAUCCGGGACUUCUUGCCCAGAAUACUAAAUGGCGAAGUGCUGGAAAGCUUCCAGAAGUUAAAGAUUGUAGAGAAAAACCUGGAAAGGAAAGAGCAAGCAUUAGACCAACUGAGAAUGGACUGUGAGCACUUUAAAGCCCGCCUGGAGACCGUGCAGGCCGACAGCGUGAGAGAGAAGAAGGAGAAACUCGCUCUCCGACAGCUGCUGAAUGAAGCAAAGGAGCAACUCCUGCAACAGGCGGAGUACUGUACAGAGAUGGGGGCGGCAGCCUGCACGCUUUUGUGGGGUGUCUCCAGCAGCGAGGACGUCGUCAAGGCCAUGCUGGGAGGAGAUAAAGCUUUGAAGUUUUUCAACAUCACUGGUCAGACAAUGGAGAGUUUUGUGAAGUCACUGGACGAGGAUGUCAAGGAGCUCGAUUCUGAUGAAAAUCAGUUUGUGUUUGCUCUGGCUGGGAUCGUAACAAAUGUUGCUGCCAUAGCAUGUGGUCGAGAAUUCUUGGUUAAUUCAAGUCGGGUGCUGUUGGACACCUUUCUGCAGCUUCUGGGAGACUUGAAGCCAGGACAGUGCACGAAACUCAAAGUGUUACUGCUGAUGUCCCUGUACAACGUGAGCAUCAACGUGAAAGGCCUGAAGUACAUCAGCGAGAGCCCGGGCUUCAUCCCGCUGCUUUGGUGGCUGCUGAGUGACCCCGACGCGGAGGUGUGCCUUCAUGCGCUGCGGCUCGUCCAGUCUGUGGUCCUGGAGCCGGAAGUCUUCUCCAAGUCUGCCUCCGAGUUCCGGAGCUCCCUGCCCCUGCAGCGCAUCCUGGCCAUGGCCAAGAGCCGUAACCCCCACCUGCAGACCGUGGCCCAGGAGCUCCUGGAGGACCUCCGCGCCCUGGAGCGUGACGUGUAGGGGCGCGCGUGUGUCCCUCCCCCGCCCCCAGGUCCCCACUUUGUAUUCUGGAACCAUAACCGCGUGCCAUGUGUCCCAGACGGUAGACCGUGAGUGACUCAAGAGGGAUGUGAAUGCAUAUGUAUCCACACAACUUCCUCCUGGAAGCAAAAGUUCCUGUGGGUGGCUGGGUGACCUUGCCAAGGUGCCUGCGGAACAGUCCAUCCUUCCAGAAAGGCCCAUGUCCUGUACCUGAAAGAGGGCCGCCUUAGAGCGGCCCCUGCUGCUCAGGAGACUUUCUGAGACCUGUGGGUUCCCUCGUACAAAGGGGGGUGAAAUAAUCACCUGCCCCACCGGUCAGCAUUUUCCUGAGAUACAUGGUUUGAAAAAUAAUUCAUUCUCUCUUUAGUAAUUGUAAUUAAUACCCUAAAAUGCAAGUUUACCUUUAAAGCUUUGGUGAACCUGCUAUUUCAGGUGACAUUGGACAUUUUAGUUCUUUUUUUUUUUUGCCUGUUUUAUUUUUGAAUAAAGAA